GUGGUAAGUUGAAUAUUCGUUUAACGUUUUCAGUGUAUAGUAUUAUAAUAGGUAUUACGAAGCUACAUAAAACUAUUUCACAUAGUAAUUAGUUAAAAUUAUCAUAUUCUUAGUGUUGAUUCAUUCACAGACACUGAAUUAUAUUAUAGUUUCACUAUGGUUAAGCGAUAAAUUAAACGUUGAAGCAGAUAAACGCAAAAAUUACUUCCAUUAUAAUGCGCCAACUCCAUAUGAUAGAAUCGAAAGUAAGAUGUUGAAAACUGAAUAAAUGAUGUUCAUAUACCUAUCUAUAUCGUCUAGCAAAGUGAAACUUCGAUUCUCUAUCAAAUUAUGUUAACAUGCAAAUAGAAUAACAGUAAAGGUUUUGUAGUCAAAACUACUAGUUUGUGUCCUUAUCCUAUAAAUUCAAAUGAUCGCAUGAUCUCAUUUUGUCGAGAGAUUGUAUUUUGUAAUCAUAGAGAAUAACACAUUUAACCUAUUAUACAUAACGUAUGAAUUAUAAAAGUCCUGUAAAAUACAAGGUUUAAAGCAUAUUCCAUCUUUUUUAAUCAAAAUAUUCAAGUAAGAAAUGAUGUUACUCAUUAAAUGGGAUUUCGUUGCUAUCGUUUAUUAACAAUGUUUUACUUUUUCUCACUUUCAUAUUUUCAAAACUACACUUUACAUAGAUUGUUUGUUCUAUUACUCUGUUAGUUUGCCACUAAUUUAAAUAUCAUAAUUUUUUUUUGGUAUAAGAUGAUAUUUUCCGAAAUUAUUCAACUAUUUCUAAAUCUACAAUCUAAAUAGUCAUAUUUACACAAUCUACUCAAAUCUGUACAAAAUAAGUGAAUUAAUUGAACUGACCAUUAAACGUUUAAGCUGUUAGUUCAAUUUUUGUAUUAAUUGUUCUAUUUAGUUUUAACAUCAAACGAAACCAUUAUCUUUGUUUUGUUUUGUUUUUUUCAAUUAUUCUCAAUAAUAUCGGUAUAUUAUGAGAAUUAUAUUCCGCUUACUCAAAAUCAUAAAUAAAUAUACUUUCAUAGUAUUCAAAUGCAUUCGUGUAUUACAUCAUCAUGUUGUUAAUAGUUACUAUAGGAUAGUUUUGAUUCUGUUAAAAAGUUAAUAGAAGAAGUCAUUUGAUGUUAUUGAAUAACAAUUAUAUUCCAUAGACAUGGUAUAGUUCGUUGACGAUUUUCAUAGAAAUCUAUUGAAUACAAAUGAAUGUAAAUUAUUUUUUCUUUUUAAAUAAAAUUUACCAUUCAAAGCUUUCCAAAAAAAAAACACUCACUAGAAUUAAAAAAUAAGAAUAAAUAAAUAAGAAAUUCUCAAAUAAAUUUCUCUAGCCCUCCCCCCUCUAUCCGCCAUAGUGACACGUUAUAACACUUUAAUAAAAUGAUUGUUGGUCAUAAGCAUAAUGUAUUUCAUUUAUCCAUAUUAAACUAAUGUAUAAAUGAUUAGUAUAUGACAGUAUAAUUGAACUGAUGUCAUUUAAUUAAUUUAACAUUGUCUUUUAUAUUAUUCUUCUAUUAUUCAAUUUAUCUAAAUCUAUUUCUUUCAUUGAAUUAAAGAGAUUCAAUGAAAUUGAUUCCAAUGAUUACAAAUAUUCAAUUAUUAUCUGUUCUAUGCUUACUUACUUAUGUGAAUGGAGGUUUGUUACAAAAAUUAAAUGAAGAUGAAAUUUCAUCCGUCGGAAAGACUAAUUCUGGACAAGAUAUAGGGCCGUCAAUCGUUUCUGAUGUUGUUGCAGAAAGUGUUGAUAGUCUGAAUGAAACCACAAAUGUAGACAGUCAUAAAGAAGGAACAUCUAACUCGAAUUCCUCUGAGUCGAUUGUAGUGGCUGACGUUGCUAACACUGUUGUCAACUUAACCUCAAAUCCUCCAGAAUCUACGAUUGGAAGUUCUGACAACAAUUCAGACAGUACUGACAAGUCAGAUGUUUCUUCUACUCUGACGACAGAAACUGAUACUACUCAGAAUGAUAUCGUUGUUCCGAUAAUUGCAGAGGGUUCAGAAAAUCAUACAGAAAGUACUUCUACUGUGAUAAGUGGUGAAAAUUAUACAGAAAGCACUUCUACUGUGACAAGUGGUGAAAAUUAUACAGAAAGCACUUCUACUGUGACAAGUGGUGAAAAUCAUACAGAUACAGUUAUAUCUGAUUCAACCUCAGAAAAUCUUGAUAACCAUACAGAAGCCCGUACAGAUGCUAAUGUACUUUCUCCUUUGAUAGUAGCCGUUGGUGAUCUUUGUAAAGAGUAUGGUAUUUACAUGGACACACAGUUGACUGGUUUAACAUCAGAAGACUUAGAAAAUCAGACAGAAAGCACUGGUAGCUUAGAUAUAACCCCUUAUACACAGGUCCAUAACGUUGACGAAAAUCGUACUGAUGACUCUCACUUAGAGUUAACUUCAGAAAGUGUUGAUAUUCGAGCACAAACUUCUACAGAAACACCUAAAUAUCCUUCUCCUUUGAUGAAAUCAAUUGAUGACCUUUGCAAGGUGUUCACUAACACAAAUGAAAUUGUCUCUGAUACAACACAAGAACCUACCGAAAUCAUCACAACAACUGAGACAAACAACACCACUGAGUCAGAAACCAAGUCUACUGACAACGAAACACAAAGUGUUUCCAAUAUUUGCAUGAAUACUAUGUGUGCAAAUGAAACAGGCACAACAACUGAACAACCAAGUACUACCGGCGCAGUAUUGCAUCAUUUAGAUCUUUCUGAUAUAAAGAGUAAGAAAUGUAAAACAAAAAAAUCAGAUGAAGAUGACUGUGAAACCGAUUCAGAAAAUGAAGAUGCCUCGGAAGGAGCCGAUAGUGAUGGUGAUAGUAAUGAUGAAAGUGACAAUGAUAGUGAAUGAAAUUGAUAAAAUUGUGCUGAUAUUAAACACAAUCCCUGGUAUACCAAGAGAUGAUUUUACAUUUUUUAAACACAAAACAAAAACAAAAAUAAAUUAGCGUACUAAUCUUUUAAAUUCCGCUUAAAUUUUACAAUUUAAACAUUGAAACAAGUUCUGUCAACUGAUUGCAAAAAGAUCAAUGUAACAUUUAGUCAUUAUGUAUUACAUUUUAUCUCUUCACAAUAUAUA